AUGUUAACUCAGGUGGUAUUACGUAGUACUUAUAUUGUUAAUGGAUCAAUAGUCCGAAAUGUCAAUAGGCUGCAAAACAUUCAAUUAAGGAAAUCAAUGCUUUACAUCCCUAAUUUUAUGAUAAAAGCAGUACAUAACAAUCGAUCAGUAAGCUAUAGAAACGUGAAAGCUAUCCACAACAUGGCAAACGAACUAACGAGCAAAGCCCAAUUGUCAAAUUCUUCGACGCCUCUUCCUCAAUCUGCUGCAAACGCACCGUUCGAGCGUAUCAAUACCAUCACUAAAUCGAUCCAGGACAAUCGUGACUAUCGCGGUUUAAAGCUGUCUAAUGGAAUGAAAGUCAUCUUAAUAUCCGAUCCUACUACGGACAAAUCGGCCGCCGCGCUUUCCGUCGCGGUUGGACACCUUAGCGACCCUACGGAAAUUCCGGGCUUGGCACAUCUUUGCGAACAUAUGCUGUUUCUCGGUACAGCGAAGUACCCCAAAGAAGAUGAAUACACAAGCUUUUUGAAAGCUCAUGGUGGUAACUCAAAUGCCGCCACUUGUUCCGACAUUACGAAAUACUAUUUCGAUGUGAUUCCUGGCAAGUUAGAAGAUGCACUGGAUCGAUUUUCGCAAUUCUUUAUUGCACCGCUGUUUAACGAGGAAGUUACAGAGCGAGAAAUUAAUGCUGUGAAUUCGGAACACGAGAAAAAUCUGUCACAAGACAUGUGGCGAAUCAAGCAGGUGACCAAGGCCCUCUGCAAACCCUCACACUCCUACAGUCGUUUUGGUACGGGUAAUAAGGAAACGCUUUCGGAAAGUCCGAAGCAGAACAACAUUAAUGUACGUAACGAACUGAUAAAAUUUUGCAAUACGUGGUACUCAUCAAACAUCAUGAGCCUAGCUGUGUUCGGGCAAGCAAGCUUAGACCAACUGGAAGCAAUGGUGGUAAAAUUGUUCGGCCAAAUUGAAAACAAGCGAGUAGUUGCUCCUACAUGGCCUGAAAUGCCGUACGACAACGAUCAACUGAGUACGAAAACUUACAUAGUUCCCGUAAAAGAUAUCAGAUCGCUGACCAUAUCCUUUCAGAUGGAAGAUCUGGAACAGUACUACAAAGCUGGUCCGGAUCAUUACGUGAGCCAUCUGAUUGGGCAUGAAGGGAAAGGAAGUAUUUUAUCGGAAUUGAAAGCUCGCGGUUGGUGCAACAAGUUAAGUAGUGGCUACUGCAGCUUUGGCAGAGGAUUUGGAAGUUUCAAUGUGAUGGUUGACUUAACGGAAGAUGGAUUCAAGCAUAUCGAUGAUACAGCGAAGCUAAUUUUCCAGUACAUCAAUAUGCUGCGUAUAAAAAAGCCUCAAAAAUGGAUAUUUGAAGAGUACUGCAACUUAUGUGAGAUGUUGUUUCGGUUCAAGGACAAAGAAUAUCCCUGUUCGCUUGUAACGAAAGUGGUCAGCUCGAUGCAUUUAUUUCCGUUGGAGGAUGUGUUAGUGGGGCAGUUUUUAUUUACCGAAUGGCGGCCUGAUCUUGUGGAAGAUCUAAUUAGUAAGCUGACACCCGACAAAGCGCAACUGAUCAUUGUAGGUCAAAAGUACGAACCGUUGGCAAACGCUGAAGAACGUUGGUAUGGUACAAAGUACGGUGUGUACAAAAUCGAACCUUCAAUACUGGAAUAUUGGUCUACGCCAGAUUUGAACGACAAUCUAAGUUUGCCCGAGCCAAAUCCAUUUAUUCCGACUGAUUUUGAAUUACUGCCCAUUGAUAGUGGAAUAGAAAACUUUCCAACAGUCAUACAAGACUUGCCUAUGAUCCGGACAUGGUUUAAACAAGAUGUAGAGUUCCUGAAACCAAAGGCUUUGAUGACUUUCGAUUUCAACAGCCCGCUCGUGUACUCCAACCCGUUGAACUGUAACCUGACUCGUCUAUUUGUGCAGCUGCUCAAAGAUCAACUAAAUGAAUUCUUAUUCGAGGCAGAUUUGGCAGGAUUAGGGUUUGGAGUUAGCAAUACAACUUCUGGUAUUAGUCUUUCUAUUGGUGGGUACAGCCACAAACAAGUAAUAUUACUUCAAAAGGUAUUGGAUAGUAUGUUCAACUUCAAAAUUGACCGUCGCAGAUUCGAUAUAUUAAAAGAACAAUAUGUCCGAAGCCUCAAAAACUACCAAACAGAACAACCUUAUCAGCAUACCAUCUAUUACCUAGCAUUGCUUCUGACAGAACAGGCAUGGACAAGACAAGAGCUUUUGGAUUCAACCCAGUUACUUACUUUAGAUCGUCUGCAAAUGUUCAUUGAGCAGCUACUGUCACAAAUGCACGUCGAAUGUUUUAUUUAUGGAAACGUAAACAAGGAGAAAGCAUUGCAAAUGACGCGAUUGGUAGAAGACAAAAUGAAGUAUACAGAUGCCACAGUUGUACCACUACUGGCUAGACAGUUGCUCCCGAAACGUGAAUACAAGAUCGGAAAAGGUGAAAGCUUCUUGUUCGAGGCAACUAACGAGUUUCAUAAGAGUUCCUGCGUUCAGCUAUACUUACAAUGUGGCGAGCAAGAGCCGCAUUCGAUAUUCGUCGACAUUUUGUCUCAAUUGUUAAGCGAAAAGUGUUACAAUCAGUUGCGCACUAAAGAACAGUUGGGUUAUGUCGUGUACUGCACACCACGUAAAGCAAAUGGGAUAUGUGGUCUACGAAUCAUAGUACAGUCACUCCGUCAUCCAACUUAUGUAGAAGAGCGUAUCGAAAAUUUCCUCAACGAUAUGCUGGAUUAUUUAGAAAACUUGAGUGACAGUGAGUUUAACCACCACAAGGAAGCGAUUAUCGCACUGUUCCUAGAGAAGCCGAAGCGGUUGAUCACACAAUUCAAUAUAUAUAUCUAUGAAAUAUCCAUGAGACAGUAUCAUUUUAAUCGUGCACAAGUAGAAGCUGAAAAGCUUCGAACGUUGACGAAGCAACAAGUCAUCGAUUAUUAUAAGGAACAUAUUUUAGUCGGCGCACCGUCCAGAAGUACUUUAUCUAUUCACGUAGUUUCUACUGUUGAAGGAAAGGCUGCACCAGAUGUCGAGGAAUCACCAACGGAAGCAGAAGCAAUUUCUACGGCUGUUCAAAAUACAAUUAAGAAGGACUUUGUCAGAGUGACAGAUUUAGCCAGCUUCAAAUCUUCUCGCUCGCUCUAUCCUUUAGCUCAACCCUACAUGGAGAUCAUGCCAAAAGGAGGACGAUGCAAACUGUAA